AUGCCGGUAGUAAACGAUUAAUUGGUAACCGCUGAGGGAAAAUUCACACAAGAAGGCGGUGGAGUUACUAAUUUUAAAGAUAGAGUAGAAAAUCUUUAGUAAUUGCACGAGAUAUUGGACCUUUGUUUUGGAGCUAAUUAGAAGAUUGAUUUGGAGCAGUUUUCACGUAUCAAUGAGGAGAUUGCAUCUGAUAGUCUGCUACUAGUCAAAAAAUCUUCGACUCCAAACAAUAACGCCAAUAGAAAGACACUUGCUUCACCUAGGAUGACUUAGUCACAACAUUACUCACCCAAUACACAGACUGAAACUAGGACCACAAAUCCGGUUCCAAGUUCCCAAGAUAAAUAUGUAGAGAAGCCUGAAUAAUCUAAAAAGAAAAGGAAGCUGUUCAUACCAAGAGUCGAAUCACUAGACGGAGAAAGUAAAACAAGUUCAAUACCGAACUUUUAAAUGGAUCAAUCAUUCGAGCCUCCAAAAGACAUCAAUGAGUUAUUUAUUGACAAUGUGAAACAGUCAAGCUUUGGUUCAAGUGACUCUCGAUAACCCAAUAAUAGUAGCAAUAACAAUAACGUGAUGAAUAUCGAUUUUUCUUAUCAGAUCUAAUCAAUAGCGAUCUAAAAGUAAACUUUGUAACGAAGAUUGAGUUAGUUUAAGUAUUGUGCAUGUGGCUUGCCGAUUGAUGAAUUUCAAGAUUCGUGUGACUCAUGUCAAGGACUGAGUACUCUUCAAUUUGAAGGAGCUAUUUUCAAAAAAUAAAAGAAGGGAGGCAUAUUUAAACUGUAUUGGUAUGUUUUGCUUGGAAAAGAGCUAUAUACGUACAAGACAAAAGGCGAUUAAAAACAUAAAGAGAUGCAAAGUCUGGUGGGUGUUCACGUUAAAGAUUAGGAACCUGAAUAAGUAGACGAAUAUACAAUAUUAUUUCCAUUUUAGGAGGAAAAACUUAGAUGGAUGGACUUCAUAAAGCAGGUAAUUGGCUAUUCAGAUUUCUUUUAGUACUAUGAAGUGGGAGAUACUUUAGGAUCAGGCAAGUAUGGCGUUGUUCGCAAGGCUUACCAUAAAAAGUAACCCAAAUAAGUAGCAGUAAAGUUUAUUAAAAAAAAGGAUCUUACCCUUAAGGAUCUUGAACUAAUGAAGCGAGAAAUAGAAGUACUAAAAGUUUGCUAGCACCCAAAUAUAAUAAAGCUAGAGGACGUAUUUGAGAAUCAAGAUUUCCUAUUUAUAGUAAUGGAGUACGUAUCAGGUGGUGACUUCUUCGGCUACCUCUAGAAUAGAGGCUUCAGGUUAACUGAGGAAAGGGCGCGGUAAAUUUGUCAUUAAAUUGCCACUGCACUUUAUUAUCUACAUAGUUUUGGAAUCGCACAUAGAGAUCUAAAGCCGGAGAAUAUUCUUAUGCAUAACUCUGCUGAUGAUUCUGAGGUAAAAAUAGUAGAUUUUGGGUUGUCGAAGAGUUUCGCCCCAUCUGAGAAAUCACUAGAACCAUAUGGAACUAUAAGUUACGUUGCGCCAGAGAUCUUACUUUAGUAACCGUACGACAAAAAAGUUGAUCUGUGGUCUCUAGGAGUAAUUUUACAUGCGAUGCUGAGCGGGACUUUACCGUUUGAUGACCCCAAUCAAGUUGAAGUCGCCAGGAAAAUUGUGAAUUAGAAUGUUGCCUUCAAUAAUCCAAUUUGGAAUUCUAUUUCGGCUGAGGCUAAAGAUUUAAUAUCAAGCUUGUAGCAGGUACUGGAACACUAGUGGAUAGCUAAAAGAAACAAGAAAAUUGCUAAUUUCAGAAAGAAAUCAAGCGAUGAAGGAGACAGGAUCAAAUAAUUUAUAGCGUACACUAAUACAGAUCUAGAAAAGGCCAGGUUGAAUAGCCCGAGGCUGACAAAGUAUUGA